GACAAUUAUUAAAUUAUUGACGCAUGCGCCACACUUUACAAUCAGCUGUCAGAGAGAAUUUUAAUCACGUAAAAAACAAAAUUAUUUGUGUCUCUAGAUAAUUCCCGUCAACAUGGCGGGCCAAAAUCCAGGAUCUCCAACUGACUUCCAAUAUUUCUACGAAGAUGAAGUGUAUAAAAUAAAUAACCGCGGCCAGGUCGUCUUUGGUCUUGUUCUCGAAAACUAUGAAGCAAAUUCUAGCGACCAAGAGAGUGACAUUGAAACUCCUGUUCAAAAAGGAGAAAUUAGAGUUGUGUGGCAUCCUUCAGGAACUGAAAGAGUAGUUUCUGAAAAGUCGGUUGGACUUGCUGAUCGGUCAUUGAUGCCAGGAGAUGUAGUCCGUCGUCUGAUAGCUGGCAAGGAUACCCAGCGGGGAUACUGCAGAGAUAUUGAAAUGACUGCAGCUCUCCAGAUAGUUGGAACCAAACAUGUUAUACCAAAUGUGGCCAGUGAAAGACUGCAGCCCUUAGAAGAAUUCACUCCAGAUUUAGCUGUGUGUCUUGAUUCUUGGGUUGGUACUUCAAAGGCUGUACAUAGUAAACUUCGCCUAGUGUCAGCUGAUGGAUCCCGUUUAGAAUACCCAGACCUUGAUACUUGUCCACUAGAAGACUAUUCCAUGCGACGUCGUCGUGGAACCCCUUACUCGUCAGCGGAGUUUUAUCCAGGACAGGUGGUCUAUGGUCCAAUAGGGUCACUGGAUAAUGCGAAUUGGCUUAAUAUGACCAAGGAAAUGAAGUCUGCAAGGAAACAUAAGAUGCAUGAUCACAAGUUCACAGUGGAAUCAGUGAUCACAGAAAGCGUGAGCGUCCAUUGGCAAUGCCGAGCCUACAGCAAUAGUAAUGAUGACACGGCACAACCACAACCCAAGUUUCUUGUUGACGAUCAAGAUUUAAAGAGGCUGAAAUUGUUGAAUGUGUUCGAGCCGUGUACGCUGCAAGUGGGCGACCGAAACUUCUUAACUAUUAACUCUGAAGAUACGUUCAUAACAAAGAAAUUAUGGCGGAAACAGCAAAGUAAACACUUUAGAAAUCUGCGGAAACAGAGUCGGAUAUCGAAUAAGUCGUCGAAAAUCGACGCCUCGCAGGAACACAUGCCGUCUCGUCCAAAGAAGAGGGCCUCUUCACAUCGGAAACACAAGCCUGGCGUGAAUGAAAUGGAGGUCGACACGGCCGAUGACACACUGGAAAGUCUCGAUGACACCUUAAAAAUUAACUGUCCCAGUAUUAAAAUUGAACCCAGUGGAGAUGUCAGUCUUCAAAAUGAUGAUAAUGCAGCUGAGGAGAAGAACGAUUCUGGUAUUAGUCCCGAACCUGCAAAAGAAGAUGGCAGUCUGUUAAACGGGGACAGAACUAUGGAACAGCUAAAUGAUGAUGAUUCAGAUAAUUGGGAGAAUACUAGCAGUGAUGGAAGCGAUACAGACAGUGGUGCCACCUGGUCUUCACGGUGUUCGUCAGUGGCAUCCGGUUCCGGUCGGGGCAAACGUUCGCCUCAGUUGGCCGUGCGUUUGUUGAGGGGGAAACGCCUGAAGAGGGCGCCUCGUCGCGCUCCCCCCGCCCCGCCACCCCGGGUCAAUGACCGCGUGGUGGUGGAGACAUUGCAUACAACCAGCCGCGCUAAUGUUGUUUGGCAGGACGGCACUAUUGAAAUGGGAAUACCGUCAACCCAGCUGUACCCGAUACACCACCUCGAUGGCCAAGAAUGCUUCCCCGGAGACUUCGUCGUCAAUGGCGCAGCUAACGUCGAAGACAAUCAGAAUAAGCAUAGAGAAUAUGGCGUGGUACAACGCGUGGAUCACCAUGGACGCACUGCAAUCGUUCAUUGGUAUCUCACUUAUACCAGCGCCGAUGAUCCUGUGCCUCAAAUGUUGUACAAAAGCGAAAUGAGCGUAUAUGACCUGAAGGACCAUCCUGACUUCCAGUACCGGCCUGGGACAGUUGUCAUCAGAGUGGCCAACUUCACCGGAGAAGAUGCCACUUGCACUGCUGGACAGGUUAUAGACAACUUCCCCUCCGGCCGUGUUAAAGUGUGGUGGGUGGACGGACAUACAAGUAUGUGCUGGCCGCAAGAUCUUUACAAGGUAGGUGAAUACGAUUCAGACGAAGGAGAGCUAUGGGGCUCUGAAGGGUCAGGGUCUGAAGAAGACGAAUCUUGGGAAACGCAGAGUUCUCCACCUGAUGGCGAAUCACGUACGCCCGACACGCCAGCAAUUGGGACUGGCAAUCCUAACGGGGAUCCACUGGAACUCCCCAGCGAUGGAUCCGCCAUGACGUUGGAUGGUUCUCGAGAUUUAGUACCGAAACUGUUGGAGCCACGCGUGGCAGCUCACAUCGAACGCGGAAGAGUGGCCAUGCGCAAGCUGGAACAGAUAUUUGCAGAACAUCCUACGCUGCAGAGUCAGGAGAUAAUGCGUAAACUAUUAAACCUAUACAAGGAGUGCCGCUUCUUGGACCGACUGAUGGGUACGACCUUCUUCCACGAGGAUCAUUUCUUGGGCCUCAUAGAGCGCGUAAAAGAGCGCGGUGCGAAUACGCCCCGAGCGGGCGAACGACGCGUGCACGAACAGCUCGCUCGUCUCUUCGCAACGGAAUCCCAGACCAGCACACCUGACACGCCCAACGAAGACAUGUUCAGUGAACACGGCAAGGCGAUUGUGGCCGCUAAUGUCACCGUUGAACCUAUGGAGGUUGACGUCAAUGUAUCAAAGAAACCGUCUCUUCAUUUAAACCUAGAUUCGGUGCAGGCUUCCAGUUCGGAGACCAGUGUCAAAACCGACUGUAAAUCUCUUAGUAAAAAUCCUUCAAAAAUGAGUGAUCCGGAGGCACCCAAUCGCAACGUAUGCUACAAAUUGUGUUCCCUCAUAUACGCACAGCUCGUCAAGGCUCACGCUGAAGUUAGCCGGAGAAGGCCGGCACUGCUGGCCUCAUUCCUUAACAACUUAAUGAUACGGAAUGUUAACGCCGAAGAGAAGUUACCCUACCACUUUUCAGUUCAAUAUGGGGCGUUGGUGAUUUCAAUGACGGAUAAUAUUGAAAAAGAAGCGGAGAAGAAUGAGGAGACCAAGGAUUCUUCUACAACGAAGUCUGAUGGUUCAGCACCUGACUCAGCUCCCCUGGCGACAGCCGAAGGUGACAUAGACACAGAUGCCGUGGGAGACACAGAAUCGCCCCCUGGUGGUGAGGGAUUCUGUGUCCUGGAGUCGGCUCCGACCAACCACAGGUUCAGACUAUCAAUCCUUCAGCCCAGCGAACCACGCAGCUUCUACUCGGCUGUGAAAAGAGAGAUCAAACUUCUGAAGAGUGAUCUACCUUCUGGGGUGUGGGUCCGCGGAUAUGAAGACCGUAUCGAUCUGUUAUCGGUUAUGAUAGCAGGCCCAACGCGGACACCCUAUGAAGGUGGUCUAUUCGUGUUUGAUGUACAGCUGGGUGGGGAGUACCCUCGGGCACCUCCCUUGUGCCACUAUCAUUCCUAUUGCAGCGACAGGCUAAAUCCUAAUUUGUAUGAAGAUGGAAAGGUGUGCGUGUCCCUGCUUGGAACAUGGUCAGGUCGUGGUGUUGAAGUUUGGGGGAAGGACAGCUCCCUGCUGCAGGUCAUCGUGUCUCUUCAGGGCCUCAUUUUGAAUGCGGAGCCCUACUUUAAUGAGGCUGGCUAUGAGAAACAGAAAGGCACACAGCAAGGUACCGAAAACUCUCGUAUGUACAACGAGAUGGUACUUCUAAAGCUCGUACAGUCUAUGACCAAGAUGGCCGUAAAUCCGCCGGAACCGUUCCGUGACGAAGUCAUCGAACACCUGCGGUCCACGGCCGCAGACCUCUGCAAGCGUCUCGAAGGCUUGGUGGCGCUUUCGAAUCAGCAGCCCACAGAUGUAUCGCCCCCGGAUUACCCUCUCGUCCCGGCGUCCCGGGGCUUUUGCUUGACGCUUAGCUCGUCCCUGGAAUCGUUCCGCAGCGCUCUACGCCGCAGUGAAAUCCUCCAGUUAUAGCCGGAGUGAGUUAGCGAUUUGUUAAAUUUUAUUUUUCGAUUAUUCACAAUAGCAUGCAUAAUUUUAGAAUAGUUAGGAUUUGAAUUUUCAUGCCGCGUCUGGCGUCGGCGAAUGUUGAAGUGAACUUCAGUUAACAAAAAUGAACGCUGACAGCGUAUGUAUACGUGUACGCUAUACGCAAGAAUAAGAGUACAUUUGUCGUAAAAAAAAGUGUUUGAUUAAAGCUUAGGUCUCGGUAAAAUGUAUUUUACCGGGUAGUUACACAAUCUCCGUCAAAAUGUCAAAUAUGUGAAAGUGUCAAUCUCAAAAUGACGUGACAGUUAUCAAAAGCUGGUUCCACUCUUACA